AUGAAAGCAAUGAUUGAUACAGGUGCCAACCGAACUUUUAUUUCAUUACAAGCCUUACCUACUUCACAUAAUCGACAAUUCAUUAAUAAAAAACAAAAAAGUGCUUCCUUAGCUGAUGGACAUACAUCCAUUUCUAUUUUAGGCACUUUAGAUUUACAUAUUAUUAUAGGUGAUAUGUCAACUACGAUUAAAGCACAUGUGGUGAAAGAUUUAUGUGCUGAAUGUAUAUUAGGAAUGGAUUUUAUUAGUAAAUAUAAAGUUAUAAUUAAUGCCGAUGCACGUGUGGUAUCAAUAUAUGAUGAUGAAAAACGUAUAACAUUAGAAUUUGAUGUUAACCAGGAAGAAAUUCGUUAUCCAGCACGAACAAUUCGUUACACUUAUAUUCCACCGAAAAGAACAGUUUCAAUUCCAGUUAACGUCGGAAUAUCAUCAGCUAAAGUUUUAUUUAGUCCAUCUUAUCAAUUAGCACGACGAUCACCGAUGAUUUUGUUAAACAAUAUAGCAAAUGUUAAUCAACAGAAAUCACAUAUUUCAAUUUACAAUCCAACACCAUAUUAUUAUACAGUACCUAAAGGCCUUAUAUUAGGUACAACAACUAUUCCUACAUUAUCUUUUAGUAAAUGUACAUCUAUUGAUCAUCAAUUAGUUAAUGAUAACAUCAAUAAAUUAACUCGACAUAUUACAGAUUCAACACAAAGAGAAGAAAUUGAGACAAUCCUUCAUCAACAUGAAAAACUUUUCGACACAAGUAAACCUGCAAUAGCUGUUAAUGUGAAACCGCAUGAAAUUAAAACACUUGAUCAUCCUCCACCAUCAUCUAGACCAUACUAUUCAACGCCUCACAAAGAAGAAGAGAUGUACAAGAUCGUUCAAGAAUUAUUAUAUUAUGGUUUAAUUCGUAAAUCUUAUUCUCCAUUCGCAGCACCAGCAUUAUUAGUGGCUAAACAUGAUGGAUCAUGGCGAAUGGUAGUCGAUUACAAAAAAUUAAAUAAUAUGACAAUUAAAGAUAAUCAUCCAUUACCUAAUAUGGAACAAACAAUACGACGAUUAGGUGGUGGUUACAAAUUCUUCUCAAAAUUAGAUAUGAAGAGUGGAUUUUGGCAAAUACCAAUUAAAGAAGAAGAAAAACAUAAAACGGCAUUCAUUACAGCUGAUGGAUUAUAUGAAUGGAAUGUAUUAGCUCAAGGUUUGAAGAAUAGUCCACCAUUAUUUCAAAGAGUAAUGGCUGAUAUAUUAUCUCCUUGUCGACAAUUUUCAUUAGUUUAUAUCGAUGAUAUUGUGGUAUUCUCUCAUUCAUUUGAAGAACAUCUUAAUCAUCUUCAACAAUUAUUAUGUAUUUUAUCCAAGUAUAAUUUUCAACUCAAUCCACCAAAAUGUAAAUUAUUCCAUCAAAAAAUUGAUUAUUUAUCUCAUAUUAUAUCCGAAGAAGGUUUUCAACCAAAUAAUGAAAGAAUACAAUCAAUUAUGAAUUUGAGGGAACCUUCUACGUUAGUAGAAGCGAAUAAGUUCCUGGGUGGUUUAUCAUGGUAUAGGAAAUUUAUUCCACGAUUUGCAUCCAUAGCUGCACCUAUUCACAAAGUAACAAAUUUAACAAAAAACAAUAGAAAAAAUUUUAGAUGGGAAAAGCCACAACAUGAAGCAUUUUUACAAUUGAAACAGUUCUUAAUAGCUUCCCCAUUAUUUCUUGAUUAUCCAAAUGAUAAUUAUCCAGUUAUUAUGACAACUGAUGCAUCGAAAGUUGGUAUUGGAGGAACCUUACAACAGAACAUUAAUGGUGAAAUUAAGAAUCUUUAUUAUCAUUCACAAGUAACAUCUUCUACUCAAAGGAGAUAUGAUCCGAUUGAAUUAGAAGCACUAGCAAUAUGGAUGUGUUUCCAACGUAUGCGAUCUUAUUUAUUAGGAAGAUCAAUUAUCAUUUACACUGAUCAUUGUCCAUUAUGUAAUAUGAUGAAUUCAACAGUGAAGAACCGAAGAGUUGAUCGUAUAUCAAUAUUAUUACAAGAAUUUAAUAUCGAAAAAAUUAUCCAUAUUAAAGGUCAACACAAUUGUUUAGCUGAUUACCUAUCCCGUCAUCCAGUUCCAAGAGAAGAAGAAAUAUUUGAUGAAGAUUAUGGUAUUGCUAAACGUGAUACAAGGGAACCGACUGUUAUGGGUCGCGUUCCUGAUGAAAUUCCUCCACUAGCUGGAGCUAUUGUAACAAGAUCUAAAGCGAAACAAUUACAAUUACAACAAGAUCAAAAUUCAACAACAAUACCAAUAGAUAGAAAUAAGAUAAAAUUACCGCCAAUAGAAGAAGAAACUGAUCAAAUGAAAGAAGAUCCAUCACAAAUUAUUGCAAAAAAUAUACUGGAUAUGGAACGAUUAAAAAUUGAACAAGGAAAAGAUUCGGAUAUUCAACACAAAAUUGCAGAAGUUAUGAAAAAUCCAAUUAAAAGUACUUAUGAAUUCAAAGAUGGUUUAUUAUAUAAGUUAAUGAUUAUGCGUGAAGGUUGUAAUACGAAGAAAAAAUUAAUUUAUUUGCCUUCAUCUUUAAUUAAUGAUCUUUUACAAGUUUAUCAUAGUGAUCCUCUUAGUGGUCAUUUUGGAGUUCAACGAACAUAUUUAAAAAUUAAAAAUAAAUAUUGGUGGCCGAAUAUGAAGCAAUCUAUUACACAAUCCAUACAAUCAUGUCUACCUUGUCAACAAUAUAAUAUUAGUCGAUCGAAGAAACCUGGUCGAUUACAACCAAUUCCACCACCUGAAGGACCAUUUCAAUUAAUUGGUAUGGAUUAUUGUGGUCCAUUUAAACAAACUCCACGUGGUAAUCGAUAUGUACUAUGUCUUACGGAUUAUUUCACAAGAUGGGUGGUUGCUGCUGCUGUACCUGAUUGCUCAGCUCAGACUACCGCUGAAGCAUUAUUCAAUGAAUACAUUUGCAAGUAUGGGGUACCGGCAGUAAUACUAUCCGAUCAAGGAACGCACUUCCACAAUCAAUUAAUGGAAGCCAUGUCGAAGUUGAUUGGAUACAAUCAUACUUAUUCAACCACCUACCAUCCUCAAUCAAAUGGAAUGAUAGAAAGGUUCAACGCAACAUUUGUACCACAAAUUGCCAAACUUGAAAAUAAAGAAAAUAAUAAUUGGGAUGAAUUUCUGUUACCUGUGGUAUUUGCAUACAAUACGGGAACACACUCAACAACUCAAUAUUCACCAUUUCAAUUAUUAUAUGGUCGAGAACCAAGAUUACCUGUUGAUGGACCAAUAUCAUCAUUUACAUUUCGAAAACCAAAUGAUUAUUAUGAGCAAUUAAAGAAAAGUAUGAAAUUGAUACAUGGAUAUGCUCGUGAAAAUAUUAUUCGUAAACAACAUCAAUAUAAGACUCAAUAUGAUAAACGACGUCCUGAUCCUCAUUAUACAAUUAAUGAUCGUGUUUUAGUCAGAAGACAUGGAUUAAAAUAUAAAUUAGAACCAAAAUUUUCAAUUACACCACAAAUUAUUAUUCGUGCACAACAUCCUGUUUACGUUGUUCGAGAUGAAAUAACUCAAAUUGAAACACAAGUGCACAUAAAUGAUAUUAGACCCAUUUAUGUUUCAAAAUUAAAUUAA